CAUUAAAAUGUAUUAUUUUUUUAAAAAAAAUCUUAAAGUCUGGCACAAUGUAAUCAAAAGUAUAUGUUUCCAAAUCCAAAUUGCUCAUGUCUAAUUUGAGUUCUGGUGACCACUAGAGACACUACUACUACAUGAAGCCCAAGCUCAGUAUUAUAUAUUUAGGUUUCCUCCAUCCUGUCUCUCCCAAUUCAUUUUUAACAAGAGGGGUUGAUAGUCCCAUCUUCCUUGUGAUAGUACUUCAAACUAUGCUUUGUGUAGCCAAUAUCAGGAAACAAUUUAUAAGCUACAGUUACUUUCUUGUUUAUUGAUUUUUUAAAAGUUAAUUUCUUUCCCUUGUCUCCUCUUGUGUGACCAUUCAAGAUACCAGAUUUCCCAUUAACUAACAGAAUCACAAGAACUUUUCCUGUCUUGUUCUAGAGCCCCUUGAGUUCAUGAACACUGCUUAGUACUCUCUCUGUGAAUCUCAUUUCCAUCUCACUUAAAUGUUCUCUGCUUUCUCUCCCAAUUUGACCAUUUGAAAUCCCUUGCAAUUCUAAGGAUGAAUUAAUAGUUCUGCUAGUGGCUCCGCUUUAGAUCCUAUCUCCUAGUCAGCAUAAAGUGGUGAAAUCAGAUGCAUUUAAUUGCAAUGAAAAUAUAGUUGAAAAGUUUGGCUUUGGUAUGACCGAUGGAUCCAUUUCCCAAACCUUCAAAAUGUCUUGCUGUUAUUGCAUAGGAAACUAAUAAGGCUAAUCCACACUGGUGUGACCUACUUUUUCUUGACAUUGCUGACCCUGAAUAUUUCUUAUAUUCAGAAAAAUAAAUAGUCUCUAGUCCCCAAGUCUCCCUCAGAUCAAAUCAAGGCCCCUCAGGAACUCUGUCACUUUAUCUGCCCCUUUGUUAUCUACCCAGCUGUGUUCCAUAGUAAGAUCUUAAUGUGAUAUACACUUAUCCUUUCAUAUCAUAAAGAGAGAUCACACAUCUUUGCAUAUAUUAACUCCAUCUCAUCUAUGUAAAGCAUUGGCCCCUUUAACACAAUUUUUCCAUUUUAAAUACACUUUUUUCGGAUUAGUACAUUCAGUUUUACUUAUCCUUAAUAGUUCUUUGUAACUUGUAAUCAGAACUUCAAGGAUAACUCACAUAAUUAACUUUCUUUGUUGGAAAUUAAACAGUAUACAUCUUUAAUGUAGUGCUAUCAUUGUACAUGAUGCUUUGCAAGGUAAGGUAAAGCAAGAAUCAAAAUUGUGAUAGUAGGAAAAACAAUAAAAGAGUAAAGUGGGUCAUACUUAGGUUUAAUUUAGUUAGGGUGGAGUGAAGAUCACAGUCCUCCAGAUGUUGUUGGGCUGCAUUCCCCAGCAUUCCACACCAUUGACUGUGCUCACUAGGGUUGGUGGCAGAUGCACUCCAAAAGCAUUUGGAAGGUUGUGCUUUGCCCGCAUCUGGCCAGCCCAUCCAGUAGUGAGGAAUGCUGAGAGUUGCAGUCCAAAAGCAUCUGGAGGUCCAAAUGUUCACCAUCCUGAUGUAGAGGGCUGUGGGAUUAAACCAGGAGUAGGCAGCCACAAGAUAUUGUUGGACUGCAAGUUCCAUGAGUCCUAGACAGCCUAAAUAAUAGCGAAGGAUGAUGGGAGUUGCAGUUCAAAGACAUCAGAAAGACCAUGGAUUCCCUCUCUGGAUUAUACCAACAGCUUGACAUAAAAGGUGACCUGUGUUGACUUCCAAGUGGCUUGGACCUGUUAGAAGCUCCUGCCAGCCUAAUGCCAUGAAUGUUGAGGUGGACAAUGUGGAAGAAAAAGCUGUCCAUUCCUGGUCAAGGAUCGCCUCUGCAGGACAGAAAGCCUUGGAAGAAGCUCUCAGAGUGUUCAACCCUAUGUCUAAGGACCUGUCUGACACAGAGACCCAGCUAGUAGCUUUUCUUCAAGGGCUCAGGGAAGAAGGCUACCAGCCCACUAUUCUAAGGAGUAAAGACGUGUAUGGAUACAGCUCAUGCACAGCCAAGAUGCCCAGCCAAACAAAAGGCAGUGCCCAGGACACUUCAAAAACAGCUGCCUCUAUUUUAGAGUCUGCUAAAACUCCUGUCAGAAACAUGACAACAAUGGCAAAAGUAUCUGGUCCCUUGUCAGGUAUUACACUAAGUUCUUCUAAAGAAUCUGCUAAGCCAUUAUCCAAGAGCAGUAAUUCUACAAACCUUCUGUUGAACUCACUGAAACGGACACGUUCAGGUACAUCAAAAGACUCAGCAGUGGGUUUCCCUGCUAGCAUGUAUCCUGGUGUGUACCCAGCCAUGAGGCUGUCUGUUGUUCUGGAAGCCUUGGUCCCUUUAAAAGCCACAGCAUCCUGCCUGGAGUCAAAAUGUAAACAAGGACACCUUGGGAUCUCUCCUUCAGACCUUAAGCUCCUCAAGGCAUCUAGCGCAUCCAGACAGUCUGCCACACUAAAGGCCACUAAAAUAUCACCCAGCCAAUUGGACCCAAAAGACUAUAGGCAUAUAAUAAAGAAAGUACCAGAUUCUGCUGCUCUGACUGUGAGCCUUAUGAAAGGGCCAAAGGGUGGGGUGCUAAGGGAAAGCAAUGCUUGCAAAGCAUCUGGAAUCCUGAAUGGCAGACUUUCUGGAAGCACUUCCCAGAGCUGUAGCUCAGGAACUGCCAGACCUAAAGAGCCAUUAGUGGACAAAACAGAACGGAGAGGAGGGGGCAGCCAUCAAGAGACGGUUGGGCAGAAAAGGAAAAGAGUUGAGGAGAGAAAAGAAUUGUCAUGCAGGAAUCCAGAAUCCAGUUCUGUUCCAUCUCCCAGUCAAGUAGAACUGACUUCGAAGACACUAAACCUGCUGAAAUUCCAGGCCAUCAAGGUGAAUAGCUCUUCUGAUGAUGAAUUGAGGAGGAGAGCGCAGAAGAUCCUUAGAGUGAAUCUGUCCCCUGUUAUUAGAAUUGAACCACUGCCUCAUUCUCACAGUGUUGCUUGAGUUCCUUUGCUGUGGUGGAGCCAUUGUAUGAGAAGGAUAAGAUCACCUUCAGGCCUGUUGAGCUUGGGGAGGAUGUCCAUGUUUUCAGUCACUGAGCUGUUGGCCCCGAGGCUGUAGCCAGCAGCUGAGGAAAAUUAUGCAGAACUGGUCAACUGCUAGGUUAUAAAACUAUGUUUAAAGAUACUGGAGUUGGUCUCCAUUGAGAGGAGUACAGAGCAGAACACUGGCUUUCUUUUGGGACACUUUUCUACAGCGCUUUUGUAAACAUGAUAGAGUGUACAUCUGGGAUGUGGGGCACUAGGGAUAUUGCUGUACUGUGAUUUUCUUUUCUUUUUUCAAUCUGUAAGUCUACUUGGAUUUAUUUUGAUCAUAUUUUAUAUACUUACUAUGAAAUAUAAAUAUCUAUUGAUUCAUGUACACAUCUUGCCCAAGGGCUGUUAGAAUGUGAUCCCUUCUCAUCCUUAACACCUUAUCUAGAACUGGGUUCAGAAGCUUUCCUCUUCUCAUACUUUCCCCACAGUCAUUUGUUGAAAGAUGCAGCAGCAGUUGCUGCUCUCCAGUGUUGUUCCUCUUCUCUAAAAGCCUCAGUGGCAUCCUGUCAUCUACUAGUCACUGGCUCUUGUUUGUUGCUCUGCACUAGCUAAUAACUGGCUUGGGCUAGAGCUUAUAUGCCAGCUGGAGAAGCUUUCCAAGUCCAUGGAAAGGGAGAAAUGAAGAAAAUGUGUGUUUUCUCUGAUAUAGCCUCAUGAGAAAACAUUUCAGUUAACAUAACAGGCUACCAAGUGAUGGCAGGCAGUGGAUGUUUGUCUCAAAUAUGCAGAUCUUAUUGAGAAGGCAACAAGAAUGCCUCAAGUGAGGGCAAAUGCCCCCCUCUAUUUGUGCCAACUUUAUGCUAUAAGAAGCAGGGAGCAUCUCUGGAAAAUCUUCCUCAUGACUUGGUGCCUCUCUACCAGCCAGUGUCCUAUGCUCUUCCAUACAUAUAUUUGCCUCCCAAGGGUAAUGUUGCAGCUGACUGCUGUUUUACUCUCCACUGUUAAGCUAAAAAUGAACCUGUGGCUGUGGGAGAGCUUAGGGAUGUAAUAACUGGCAAAUAAUACUUUUUAGUGCAAUUGUUAAACAUUUUUGCUGUCAGACUUUUUUAGUAUGUCUGGCCUCUGGGCAUUGGGCUUUUGAAUGUAUUGGAUGUGUCUGAACAGUCUCAGUUAUAAGUGCUGCUUUUGGAGCAGCACAAGCAAGAGGUGCUUGGGCUUGUUAUAGAGUUGACUUGGUGUGAUUCUUGUCCUGUGUUGCAAAUGGGAAGCUAAAUUUGUCACAGCAGAGGUUUCUGUCCUAAACCCAUUAAAUUUUCAUAAAUAUAUGCUUGCUAGCAUCUUCAGAAUUUCAAGAGUUGACUACUGUUGUUCCACAUUUGCAAACCUAAGCUUGUUUUGCCACCCCAGUGAACACUGGGAACAAUAGUUCUGUGAAAGUAUUGGAAACAGUGUGCUGGAGAUCCUACAUCCUUCUAAAGUUGUUGUUCUCAGAAAACUUUGGACAGAAGUCACAGCAGUUACGCUGGCUUAGGUUGACAAUACUAAUAGACAUUCUGUUAGGGUCUUUGGCUAAUAAAACCUCUGUUUCUACA